AUUUGUAUAACCGGACAUGUACAAACAGAAUGACAGUUAAAUAAACAGGACAAGUGUGACAAUUGUUCAGUUGUGCAAAAUAAAAUGUAUCGUUGACCCAAUCUUGUUUUGAAAAAUAUUUUUACUUCAACCAAGUUCCGAAAACGGCCAUCUAUAAUGAUUUGGACGUCUGCAUUGUGGUUUAUGUUUGCUGUUUUGGCGUCUUCAGCGUCUGUCAGUGAACUUGAUUCCGAUGACUGGCCAUAUGUUAUUAAAAAUUAUGAGGGUAUUAAGCUUCAGUCACCCGUGGAUAUAAAUACAGAAUACGCAAAGAGGCGAUUUUUGCCGUUUUUACGUUAUUUUGGUUACUGGGCAUUUAACAGGGCAACAGUGGAAAUUUCUAAUAAUGGACAUACAGUUAACGUUAAACUUACCGAUAAUUCCAAUGACGUGCCAUUUAUCGUCGGGGGCCCACUAUUUGAUUGUAAGUAUGAAUUCGCAAGCAUGCAUUUUCAUUGGGGUAAAAAUGAUAAGGGAAGUGAACACAAAGUCAACGGGCACAAAUAUGCUUUGGAACUUCAUAUGGUACAUUUUAAAAAAGAGUACGGAAGUUUUGAAAACGCUUUAAGUUACAGUGAUGGCGUUUGUGUCGUGGGAUUUUUCGGAGAGGUAUCAUCAAAAGACAAUCCAGAUAUGGAUAAUUUUAUUGCAGAUUUAAAAUAUAUACACCAACCAAAUACGACGAUAAUUAGAAGUUUUAAAGAAGAAUUUUCUUUUAUAAAAAAAACAGCUUUAAAACAACAUUACUUCACUUAUCACGGAUCUCUAACAACUAAACCGUUCACAGAAUGUGUAAUCUGGAUAAUUUUUACUAAACCCAUUAAAAUAUCUAGGAGACAGUUAAUGGCAUUCAGAGAGUUACAUUCAAGUCAUAACGGAGUAUUAAUUAAUGAAAACGACAGAGAUCUUCAACCAUUUAAUAAUAGAACAAUCCUCUAUGGAUAUUAAACUUGUAAAAUUUAUAUUAAAUUAACACCAUUAUCAUUAUUUCUAUUUAUUAAUUUAUAUUAUCUAUUAUGUUUCUAUUAAAGUUAUUCAAGCCUGGAUUAAAAUAUUUAGAGAUCUCGAGGUCAAAGCUUUUGACGAGGCUUUCAAAAAUAAUAAAUUUAUUUUAUUUAUUAUUAUAAUAUAUAUAGCAUACUACAGUAAAAUUAAUUCUAAAAACUUUAUUAAAACUUUUUUCUUAAUUUAACUAUUAACCAUUUACAUUUUAAUAACAAUUAUUAUAAUAUAGUAUAACAGUAUACUAUUUCUAUUUAUUUUAUAUAUUAUUUAACUAUAAAAAUAUAUUGUGGUAAAAACUGAGGUCCUUGGAGUCUUGUGGCCCAUGGGCUAUGGCUCUCUUUACCCCUUUAAUAUUGGCUUGAAGUAAUUAUUAAAGUGCACUAUUAGAGUGUUGAUUAUAAAUUAUGAGAUACCUACUAUCGAAAGUAAAAUAAAUUAUUGUUCUUGGAUAUUGA